AAGAAGGAUCCAAAAACUAAUUCGACUGAAAUUGCUUCGAUGUUAAAAGCUGAGUGUGAAAAAGAAGUAAGUACCAAAACUGUACGUAGGGUAUUGAAGGAUGCCGGUUAUUCUGCCCGUGCAGCACGAAGAAAGCCCUACAUCAGUAAAAUAAACCAAAAGAAAAGAGUGGAAUUCGCGAAAGAGUUUGUUACGAAAGAUACUGAUUUUUGGGAAAAGAUCAUGUUUUCAGAUGAAAGUAAGUUUAAUAUUUUUAAAUCUGACGGCAGAAUAUUAGUAUGGCGAAAACCCAACACAGAGAUGGACGAACUGAAUCUGCAAGCCACCAUGAAACAUGGGGGUGGUGGUUUAAUGGUGUGGGGAUGUAUGGCAUCAUCGGGUGUAGGAGAACUUAUAUUCAUUGAUGAGAUAAUGGAUAAAUAUGUAUAUUUAAAUAUACUCAAGCAAAAUCUUUUGAAAAGUACUCAAAAAUUAAACCUCCCCAGGGAUUUCUAUUUUCAGCAGGAUCGAGAUCCUAAACAUAUGGCGUAUAUUGUUCGUCAGUGGAUAAUAUAUAAUACUGCCCACACAUUAAACACACCACCUCAAAGUCCCGAUAUGAAUCCCAUUGAGCACGUGUGGAACGAAUUGGAAAAAAGAAUUAGGAAACAUAAUAUCACAAGCAAGUCUGAACUGAAGAAAGUUCUUCUGCAGGAAUGGAGCAAUAUUGUACCUGAAUUCACUAAAAAAUUAGUCCACUCGAUGCCCAGAAGAUUAAAGGAAGUCCUUAAAAGAAAAGGACUGCCAACAAAAUAUUAGAAGUUUAUUAUGUAAUUAGUUAUAAGCGUAAAUAUUCUACUGUGCCAAUAGUUUUGUCCACCCAUAAAAUGUUCAAAAAAUAUAUUUUUGUUAUUAUUUUGCGUAUUAUUUUAUUUAUAUUGUUGCUCUUGUUAUGUAAUAAACUAGAAUAGAUAAUAAAUAAAUACGUCAAAAAGUUUUUUGUUUAAAUCAAUUUGUUUAGUAGUUAUAAGCAUUUCUAUCAUAACAAUCAUGCUGUGCCAAUACUUUUGUCCAGCACUGUAUAUUUAAAACAUAAUGGAACCUAAUCGAUAAUUAUUUACAGAGCUGCUGCUAUUUUGGACUUCGAUGACUUUUUCAUGUAUUGUAUUCCCAUGCUGUGUGUAAUGUAAGUUUUAGUUUGGUUUUAGUUUGUCAGAUAGUUGCAAAAAUCUGUCUGUACCACACAGUGAAUUCUGCCUACAGUCGUGCAUCCGUGACAGCGUAUGCGUUGAUAUUGGUUUGCAGCCGCCAUAUCGCAGCCUGAUAUUCAACUCGGAUCUAUUUCUUGUCUUUUGUUUAUAGUUCAUACAGAUUCGAUAUGGCUGACAGUGAUAUUGGCAAUUACAACGGAAAAUGUUGACCUUUACAACAUAUUGAAAAAUCAUUGAAAUCCAGGAUGGCAGCUACUCUUUAAAUAUAUAAUUACUACCUUACUUAACAAUAUCUAGCAAGAGCAUUUAAAGGACGUGGAAUUCUCGGGAGAUACUGCUCUAUUUUUUAUUUAUUCCUAUAUCAUUAAUAUUUAUUAUUAUUCUUAUGGACAAUGCAAGAACUGCCAAAUGAGCCACAUGAGCAUAAUACGGACCAAGCAAACCAGCAGCCACAGCCACAACUUUCUACACAAGUAGAUAGCGAUAGUAUUCCUGUGGAUCCUGUCAAAAAGGAGGCAUAUGAUCGCCUAGAAGUAUUUGUAAAGGCAUUUGCCAAGGAAUUUACAAAUACAUUAUCGAACUACGAAAAUGAGAUAAGUGUAUCAUCAAAAACUAAUGAAACACCGAAAAAAGAAAUGGAGAAAACAUCAGUACAACUUAUAGGGCAGGUUAAUCAAUUGGCAUCAUAUGUAGCAAGUUCAUCCAUUAGAGCUUCAAAAUAUUUUAUUAAGAGAUGUCAUAAAAAAAAAGCCAAGAGAGUUGUUGACGUGUUUGAAGGUAUGGGAAAAGACGAAUUAGAAAAUAUGUUGGCAGAAGCUGCUGGUAAGAUUUUUUACAAAUAUCAAAUUUUGUUUAUUAUGAUCACUGAUACUGACGGCUAUUGGACAAGAGGAAUGCAAAAGGUAGCAGCAGAGGCCAGUAGAAGAGCAAUAAAUCAUAUUAAUCAGUAUAAAGAGAAUAAUCCAAAUAUGAAUAUCUCUGUUGACUUAAUAACUAAUGGUGCAAUGAUAGGUGAAGAUAUACAAAGUUUUAUGAUGAAAAAUAUUUCAAAAGCUUCUGAAAGUCUUAAAAGUGGACGUACAAUUAAAAUAUCUGAUCAAAAAUGCAAAACUUCAGAAGUGUACAAAAAUCGAGUAAAAACGGGUGUUGAUACUGCUGGUAAAUACUAUAGUAAAAAAGGCAAUGGUAGCAAUUCAACGAAGUCAGAGGACACAUCAGGAUUGACAGAGAUAUUAAAUGAGGACUGUCAAGAAGUAGUAGAACAACCUGAGGAAGAAUCCAUUUUAUCAUUAGAGGAGGUGAAAGAAAAAGUAAAAGAAAUAUUAAAGUCAAUUAAGAAUGAAUGUUUACAAACAAGAAUGAUGGAAGCUAUAGAACAUGUUCGUGAAACGGUUGAUAUAAUUGUUCAUAGACCAGAAAAUAGUCAGACAAAACAAGGAAUUUAUCACAAAAUGAUACAUCCAGUAGCGUGGUUCACUGGAAGAGAUAACGAGCUACAUUAUUUACAUGAUAAAUUACAAAGUGAAGGUGGAAAAAUGACUGCCGUUACUGGUUUGGGAGGAGUAGGCAAGACUGAACUAGUUAGAAAAUAUGCUAGGGAAUAUGCUCAACACUACGAUAACAAUGUUAUAUGGAUAACAUCUGAAACGCAACAUGAUUUAGCAGAAUCGUUUACAACAUUAGCAGAUGAAAAGUUGAAUAUACAGAUCAGCAAAAAUAGAAAUGGAAAUAACCAAAAAAAACAAAUUGAUCAUAUUGUUGAAGAAGUUUAUAUGUACUUUAGCGAGAUGAAAAGUCUUUUUAUAUUCGACAACGCUGAAGAGUACAAAGUUAUUAAACACUUUUUACCAACCUCUUUACCUCCUCAUGCUGCAAUACCUUACAUUUUAAUCACUUCUCGUAAUCGGAAUUGGUAUAUAGGUGAUGAAGGUCAAAUACAUGUAAUGCCAUUAAAAGUCUUUACUCAGGAAGAAGCUACAAUGUUUAUUAAAAAUUCCAUACAAAUAGAAGAUGGUUUACAAGAGGGAGACAUAGAAGAGUUAACAGAAAGAUUACAAUACUUUCCACUAGCCUUGAGGCAAGCAGUUGGAUAUAUCAAUCAAGAGAACGAAGAGUUCAAUGAAAGAGGGAGUGAAAAAUUUAAGAUAAGUGAUUAUUUGAAAAAACUUGAUGAAAACACAAUGGAAUUAUUUAACAAGGAUAAUUUCGAUAUUAGUAACAGAUAUACUGUAGCAAUUGCAAAAACUUGGGUAACUACCUUAGAAAAGAUAAAAGAAGAUCUAAACCAUGGCAUGAAAGCUAUAGAUGUUUUAAAUGUCAUGGCCUAUCUUGCUCCUGACCAGAUUCAUGCAAGCAAAAUGUUUGAUAGUGGUAGCGUUAAGCUAUGCUAUAAAUAUUCGAUGAUUGACUCAAAAAAAGGGGGAGUGGCAUGUAUUCACAGAUUAGUACAGGAAGUAAUAAGACUAAUGUUAAAAUACGAAGAAAGAGAAGAGAAAGUUAUAAAGAAUACUCUAACAUUAAUAGGAAAUAAUGGAAAUAUAUCUAAGGAGAAUAUAAGUCACGUUACUUCUGUUUGGAGCUAUGCAAGUGGAUAUAGCAAUUUAAUUCAUGAAUUUUAUUUCAAUUUUAACUCUAUUCCUACUUACAAUUAUAAUAACACUACCCUUUUGCACUUGCUCGCUGAAAAUGGCUAUGAUAAAGCAAUUAAGGCUAUACUAGACGUGGUAAAACUAAUGAAAGAAAGCUAUUCAGAAUUUAGUGAGAUUAUUGAUGCUACGGAUAACUAUAACAGAACUCCUUUAUAUAUGGCUGCUGAAAAUGGUCACGCAAGUGUUGUUAAACUAUUUGUAGAUAAGGAAGCAACAAUUAAUAUUCAGUCCACUAUUGUUUACAAUUCCCUAAGUACAAAAAGGGCUUCAGCCUGGACACCAUUACAUGUUGCUGCUUUUAACGGCUACUCAGAUAUCGUUGAAAUUCUUAUCAAUAAGGACGAAGAUCUGGUUGAUAUUGAAGAUAGUAUUGGCAGAACAGCAGCAGUUUUGGCUGCUUCCAGUGGCCAGAUAAAUGUUCUUGAAAUUCUAGAGCCUAAGCCAUAUGAUGUAUAUUUAUUGCAUGCUAAGUUACGUGCUGCUAGAAAAAGUGGCAACUUAGAAGAUUUCGAGAAGUUUUUAGAAAGCCUUGAAGAACGUCGACUACGGAAAAUAGUAAAUAGGAAAUUAGGAGAAUGGACGCCUUUGCAUUUGGCUGCAUUUGCUAAUUGGCUAGACAUUACAAAAAUUCUUAUACAGCAUGGUGCCAAAAUUGAGGACGAUAAACCUAGCUUCACACCCUUACACUCUGCCUCUUCCAAUGGUCAUUUAGAUAUAAUAAAAUAUCUUAUAGAAGAGAAAGCAGAUCCUAAAGCUAUUAACGACGAUGGUUGGACAUCAUUGCAUGCUGCUGCUCAAAAUGGCCAUCUGCAUGUUGUAAAAUAUUUUAUAGAUGAACGUAAAAUUGAUGUAGAUAUUUUUGAUAACGCGCGUGCUACACCUUUGCAUACAGCUGCUUUUCAUGGAAAACUUAAUGUUGUCGAAUUUCUUUUAACAAGAAACGCAAAUAUUAGAGCAGUUAAUAUAUUUGGAGCAACACCUUUAUUUCUAGCUGCUAUAAACUACAACCGUGAUGUUCAGGACUUCUUGCUAAGGCAAGAUGUAACGUUGGUUAACAAUAGCAAUGAUCAAACACUUAUUGGCAGGCUUAACAUUUCACUGUUACAUGUUGCUGCCGCAUAUAAUGAUGAACAAAUGAUUGAAGAUUUGAUAAAUAAAGGUGUAGACAAGGAUAUUGGCAAAGAUACUUUCCUAACUCCAUUAUACUUGGCUACAUUUUUUGAUAGUUUGGAAGCUAGAGAGUAUUUAAUUACUAGAGGGGCUGCUACUGAUACGUCUAUAAAGAUUUCUUCUAUAAAAAAAGUCCUUGAAGAAACAAUAGGAAAUAGUACUUCGGAAUCUUAUAAUAUGCUUAAUUAUGUUAGCACGUUGUUUAAUUUCCUUCCUGAUAUCGAAGGAAUAGCAAUAAAUAUGUUGGAGAGUUUUAUUGAAUCUAAACGUAAAGAAAAUCCCAUAUUUGGACGGCUAAUAGAUAGCUUAAAGAUAUUUAUAGAGGAAAGGAAAAAUCCAGAUUUAGAUCUUCCCUUGCAUGCAGUACCUUCUACAUAAGAAGUUGGCAUUAAUUCUAAAGAUGGUGAUGGAUAAUAGGGGGAUUUCGAGUCAGUGGAGUAUUUAGCGUAGGUAAGAAGCCUCUUGAAACCUCCCCUGAGGAACCGUAUCAGGCAUCGGUGUUCGCGGCGGUCCGCCGUUUAAUCUAAACACUUCCCCGACAUCGAACCGUCGAUGACUGGUUUUAAUCAGUCGUCAGAAAAACCUCAAGAGGUUGAAAUCCGAGAUUUCGGUAGCUUUCGUCACAUAAAACAUUCAAGCAAACGAACUUGGCUGGUUUUUUGUAAGACCAUCUAUAGCCAUCUUCCUACUCUAAUAAGCCAUAGAUAAGAAAAUAGAUGUUAAUAUAUACUUUUAAUUUGCUGUUUUGUAUAAGCAAUAUGUGAAAUCGUUGAAUAACUGUGUACGAUAGUGCUUAGUAAGUUUUAUGAGACACCUAAAAUGCAUACAUUACUCAUAAAGUUAACUGAUAAAGAAACAGUUUUAAAAAAUAAGCAAGAUGAAAUGAAUAAUGCAAGGCAUGUAGGUGUUACGAAAACAGAGCAUGAGAAACAAGUUCACAGUAAUGUUUUCAAUCAUAUUGUUACGUCCGGUCCAAAGUAAGCACAGAAAGCAAACUAAAAAUAUACAAAAUAAUCGUAAAACCAAUCUGGACAUACGGAAUUCCACUAUGGGGAACAGCAGCAAUGUGCCAUAUAACCAAAAUCGAAACAAUGCAAGCCAGAAUCCUUAGAACGAUAGUAAACGCCCCGUGGUACGUUAGAAACGAGGACAUACGGAAAGACCUGGGACUACCAACGGUCAAGGAGGAGAUUACCAGACUCGCAAGAAGGUAAAGAGAAAGAAUAGAAACACACCCGGACCAGCUGGCAGCGGAAACGAACAACACAACAAACAUCGCAAGAAGACUAAAAAGGAAACACCCGAUAGACCUCAUAAACGAUAUAACCUUGCAAACCCGAAGAUGGCACCCCGCUGGGGGUAGCCACCCACAUGCUAUAUUUUAUUUUUAUAUUUUUUUUUUUUUCCCAAUAAAUAGGAUAUAAUACCUUACCAAAUGUCCUUUAGGACAAAUUGUAAAAAAGAAAGAAAAAGAAGAAAAAAAAGACUGUUACGUUCGGUGACUCAUCUCACAUCUCAAUCCACACCAGGGACCAGGCCACUCACAUCGCGGGCAAGAUGGCAGCCAGAUGUCUACACAUUCUUACUGGGUACCCUCAAUAGGAUUUUCAUAGUUAAGGUCCUUCAAACCAAAAAAUUUCAAGUGUCCUUUACAUUUAUUGUUUACUACGAGAAGAUACGGGUAAGUUGGUUUUUCUCACGUUCCGUAUCUUCCGUUAGCAACUUUCUCUCGAGGGUGGCUAAGACCCUUAGCUCCACCAGACUUAGACUCCGCCAAGCUUCUUAUUAUCCAAUCAAAAGCAAUGUCUAUCGCCCUCACUUUCCUAGCCAAAAUUGUCCUUAACGAAUCAGCUCAUUUCGUGUCCUUAGACACACCCGUCACUAACUUUUCACCGCCGCAUGAUCGUCACUAAACUUCAUUUAUUCUCUAUCUUUAGAAUAGUCAACAUCUCUUUAUCGAGUUUCUACCCUUAGACCAGUCGCGUACUCAACUUAUGCGUACGCACCAGUGUCACUGGCUUCUAUACAAAGUCGUUAUAUUAUACAAUUGUAAACUUGUCAUUUAUACGUACUACUUCAGUGUAUAUUCAAUUGUGAUUA